AUGUCAGCCGCUGCCAUGUUGACAUGCGCGUCGCUUCACCCGCCCAGCUGCGCGCGGCUAUCGAGCCCGCAAUCAGGCGUCGCGGGUGAAGCAGCCCAGCCGCUGCUACUGCGCGUUCGCUUCAGAAGCACAGCACUCGCGCGAUCAAACGCAGUGCGAGCAGGAUCGGUGCGCGCGGCGGUGGAGGCGGUGCCGACGCCGGAGACGCCGUCGUCGGAGGCGAAGAAGUUUCGGCCGGGCGAGAAGAAAGGGUUCAUCGAGGAGAUGCGCAUCCGCGCCAUGAAGCUUCACACCAAGGAUCAGGCGAAGGAGGGCGAGGAGGAGACCAAGGAGCGGCCGCUGGCCAAGUGGGAGCCGUCUAAGGAGGGGCUCGUGCAGUUCCUCGUGGACAGCAAGGCCGUCUUCGACGCCAUGGAGACCGUCGUCCGCGAUAGCGACUUGCACGUCUACCGCAAGUUCCUCAACACAGGUCUGGAGCGCAGCGACGCAUUGGCAAAGGACCUCGCAUGGUUUGAGUCGCAGGGCUUUAAGAUUCCGCCGCCCGACGAGGCAGGGUCCUCGUACGCCAAGUACCUUGCUGAGCUGGCGCGCUCCGAUACGCCCGCCUUCAUCUGCCAUUUCUACAACGUCUACUUCGCGCACUCCGCUGGCGGUCGCAUGAUCGGUCGCAAGGUGGGUCGCACGAUCGCAUGUGUCGGAGAUGCUGCUGGAGGGGCGAGAGAUGGCGUUCUACCAGUGGGAUGGGACCCAGAGGUGUCGGAGAUGCUGCUGGAGGGGCGAGAGAUGGUGUUCGACCAGUGGGAGGGUGUCGGAGAUGCUGCUGGAGGGGCGGGAGAUGGCGUUCUACCAGUGGGAGGGCGAGCUGCCGGAUCUGCUGGCGGCCGUCAGAGAGAAGCUCAACGAGGUGGCGGAGGACUGGACAAGGGAGCAGAAGGACCAUUGCUUAGAGGAGACAGAGAACCCAUCACACUGAACCCGGCCUUCUACUACCCAUCGCUUCCAAUGCCUCCGCCUGCCAUUGCCCUUCCUCCUGACGCCCGUCGCACUCCGUCGCGCAACAGUCGCACGGCCAGGCGACGUCGCGUACCCUCAAGCGAUGGGGCUUCGCCGGCGGUAGGGUCCCACGGCGGCGCAGGUCGCAAGGGAGUCGCGCCCGUGAACGGGGGAGCGGGUAGGCUUGAUGCUGUCGGGGGAGAGGCGGAGCGGGCGCACGAAGGCGCAAGAACCGCGCGGGUAGGGGAAGCUGCGGAAGCGGAGGGCGGAAGCGUCAGGAAGAGAUUGCGCGGUGCAGGGCAUGCGACGGGGGAAGGACGGGCGAGGAAUGAGGGGGGCGCGGAGGGGAGCGGGGCGGGGCGGUCGGACGUGUCUCAGUUCCUGCGGUCGUGGGUGUGGAAGCGCGAGGGCAACAUUCUCCCCGCGCCUCUCCCAUCGCAUCCCCGUAUUCCCCCCUUCUCGCCCCCGCGCCCCCUUCUCUCCUCGCCCCCUCGCCCCCUCGCCCUCCCCUCCCCUCGCUCCUCCGUGGCGGGCAAGUACCUGGAGCGCCACGCUCACCUGGUGCACGGCAAGACGUGCAUCGAACUCGGUGCUGGCUGCGGCCUGCUCGGCACAACGCUAGCAGUGCUGGGAGCACGUACAGUGGUGGUGACGGACAUGCCAGGCAACCUGCCGCUGCUGCACCGCAACGUGCAGGCUAAUGCACUGCACCACGCCGUGCACGUGCAGCCGCUGCGCUGGGGGAACACUCAGGACGCUUGCGCACUCUCAGUACCCGCCUCCGCCUCCUCCUCCUCUGCUUCCCCCACUCCCUGCUCCACAUCCCAUGAACCAACCAUUUCCUCAACAGACGUGGUGUACGACCAUGGGGCAGUGCCACCGCUUGUAACCACGCUCGCCAUGCUCUGCGCCCCGCACUCCUCCGUGCUCCUUGCCCACGGCCGCAACCGCCAGGCGCUGCCGGAGUUCCUCAGGCUGGCGGGGGAGCGGUUUCGGGUGAAGGCAGUGGCGUGGGAGGACCUGGAUGAGACGUACCGGUGUGAGGACGUGCAGUGCUGCGCUCCCUGCACUCCUCUGUCCGCAUGGCUCAUGGGUGCGUGCAACCGGCACGCGCUGCCAGAGUUCCUCCCCAAGGUGAUGACAGAGCGGGUUUGGGUGAGGCGUCACGUCACGGUGCUGCGCUCCCUGCACUCCUCUGUCCGCAUGGGUCACGGGUGCAACCGCCAGGCGCUGCCAGAGUUACUCAAGGUGAUGCAGGAGCGGGUUUGGGUGAGGGCGGUGGCGUGGGAUGACCUGCAUGAGACUUACCAGUGA